UCGCCGAAAAAGUUUGGGGUUAAAACCGACCUGCGGACUUAAAAAUGAUGUACUCGAAGAGUGACCCUUUUUAAGGUCAGACUUCUCAACCUGACCUGACCUUGAUAUCCCAUUUCCUUUGCAUCGGGGAUCUGGGGCCAAGGAACCAGACACCUCUGUCUUGGAGACACCUGAGAUGACACAAGCAGAUGUUAGUGGACUAUGCAAGAACAUGGUGUCCCAGCGGACAGGCAGGAACACAGUGGAGAAUGAUGCACCUCACAUACGUCUGGAUGAUGACGCUGACCUUAAGGAAAUAUAUACAUUUGGAAGGAAAUUGGGUCAAGGUAGCUUUGGGGUUGUUUAUGAAGCCACCCACAUUGAGACAAAGACACAAUGGGCUAUCAAAGAGGUUUGCAGACCAGGGGCAGGAAGUUCAAAAGUCAAGCUGCUGGAGCAGGAAUUAAAGAUUCUCAGACAAGUGAAUCAUGCUCAUAUAAUACAUCUCAAGGAAUCCUACGAAACAGCUAAGAUGACUUAUUUGGUUACUGAGCUGUGUGUUGGAGGUGAACUGAAGGAGCUGCUGCAGAGGAAAAUGUUCUUUACAGAGGAUGAGACAAGACAUAUCAUCCACAGCUUAGCUGAUGCCAUCGUCUACCUUCACAAAAGAGACAUAGUGCAUCGGGAUUUGAAACUUGAAAACAUUCUUGUGAAAAAUGAUCUCGAUGAGGAUGAUAAUGGCAAGAUUAAUAUCAAGGUGACAGACUUUGGAUUAUCAGUAAUGACAGGUGGUGUCGGGAUCGCAAACAUGAUGACGGAUGCUUGUGGGACUCUUAUCUAUAUGGCUCCUGAGAUGAUGAGCGGUCGUGGUUACAGCCAGUGGUGUGACAUAUGGAGUAUUGGAGUAAUUAUGUAUAUAUUGCUGUGUGGGGAGCCUCCAUUUGUGUCCAAAACAAGGGCAACCCUACUUGAGAAGAUUACGAAGAAAGAACUCAAAUUCGCUCAACCCAUUUGGGCCACAGUCAGUGAUGCAGCAAAAAAUGUAUUGACUUGCCUUCUGAAGGUUGACCCUGCCUACCGCAUGUCAGCUAAUCAGCUACUGGAAAACCCCUGGAUUACAGGUGACACUAAUAUGCCUGCUAUACCGUGCAAUGUGCUGGAGAUGAUGCGUCACCACCUGGAACAGGAAGAGAUAACAAGGACUCUGGGGGACUUGUCCUUUACUUCUUCUGAGGACACUCUGGACCCAUCUCUGCUCUACAGUGCAGCUUCAACAGAAACAGACAGCGGCUGUAAGAGCCACGCUAAGCUCAGCCCUGAGAGAGACGACAGCUCCUGCACACCCUCCACAUCCACCAAACCGAGUAAAGAGGGUGGUGGCCAUCUUCAGCAGGACAAGCGCAAAAAUGUCUCUGAAACCCAGGGACCACCUCAGCCCAGCACCACACAGUUUCAUGCUGGUCUGAAACCCUCAAGACAGCCGAGUGCAAAGCAGCGCAGGCCUCAGGACAAGAGGGACGUCAGCACAGUACAGAAACCAGCCCCUGACCUGAGUAAAGCAGGCGACCAGAGACCUUCUACCUCCAUUAAAAGUAAGACUGGUUUCCGCAAACCACCUGCUGCCUCUAAGACCACUACCCCUUCAGAACGAGACAAAAAAACAAGCCAGAUCACAUGAGAAAGCGUGAGACAGAGCACAUAAGUGGGUGAGGAAAAAAAAGUGAGCAUAAAAGAGAGAAAAACUAAAUUAGAGGUGGACUUUAUUUGAUAUAAAUUUUAUUUAAUGUUUAAUUCUGGUAAUUGUAUGUCAUUCUGUGGUUUAGCAGUGAUGUGAAUGUAACUACUGUGAAUGGUGCCACCUUUAUGGUGAUGACCAGAGAUCAAGCAGUGACAGCAGUGUCAAAUGAAUGGGCCUUAUACAGUGUAUACAGGUUCACUGUGUGAGAGUAAUAGAAGUCUAGUUUAGAUGAAGCUCCAGCCUCAGCUGUGCUGCGUGCCAAAGGAAAGGGCCCCAGUCUGAGGUGAUACCCCGGAUGGGGCAAAGCUGCUGCACAAAUGCUUACUGUUACACGGCCAACUGUUUGAGAAUGCCAAGCAGCACAAAUACAGACUCUUCGAGUGACCAGUAAACAUAGAGACUGAAUGGGUUUGUCACAUUUUACUGGUGGCCUCUGAAUGUUUUUAUUAUAAAGCAGCAAACUGGAGGCACUCAGGAGAUUUGAGCAGAGAACAGCUCAGUCCUUACUAAAACUGCUAUUUAGUACUUUACUCACUACCUAGUAGCAUAUCAUUAUUGUAAUUAUCAAUGCCAUCUCUUUAUACACACUGUGAAUGUAUGACUUUUCCAUACAGAAAGUAAUCGUCACUUGAAAAUGAUUAAAUCUCUUCUGUUAAAAGGGAAUGUUAAUUUAUUACUUUGGGAAGAAAUACAGGGAUGUACAUUAAUAAGGUUUGUGUAUUGUGAGAGUGUGUUUUCAAUAUCCAAACAGAUAUAUUUGUAAAAACAAAUGUAUAAAUAAAUUCCCAAAGAAUUAGUGUUUGUCAAAAAUGUGAUUACAAUUUGAAGCUGUUUUAAAAUCAGUAAUAUUUUUGUAGCCGAGGGAUAAUUCAAAUAUGUACUCUUUAUGUCUGUAUGUUUUUUUUUUUUUUGAGAAGAAGACCUUUAAAACAAUGUGCCAAAUAUCAUAAGACAUAAAACUUUGUACAACAAUUUUUAUUAAAAUACAUCUUGUUAUUUAAAAAAAAACAAGAUAUUUUUGUUGUCUUGUAAUUAUAUGCUAAAUUUCCCAGACUACUCAAAGAGUACAGGAGGUUUCACUGUACAUCAUUUCAAAACACCGCAGUGAGCAACGGGGAUUUUCUUUUUUCUGUUCUGACCUCUCAAUUCCACGACACCCUAUAUGCAGUGACUGCACCCACUCAGUGUCAAAACAGAAAAACUGUCACACAGGCUGGUUACGCUCCAUCUGAAUGCAGAGGAUUGGGACUGAGGGCAGCCACGGGUCUAAUCUCGUUUGGAGGCCAUUGAAAGCAGUAGGAGCUACUUUGAGGGCACUGCCAUUCAAGCACAGGUUUUUUCCGCUGUAGAGAGAAUAAUCCCCAGCAUAGAUACAACAUUAAAGUAGCCAAGCAUAACACACAGAGGCUGAAUUUCAAAUCCACCCAUUUGCAUCUUGAAGUGAAUGAGUGCCAACAAUGGGGCCCCCCCUGUUCACGCACAAGCUCUGUGUUUUUAGUGCAUAUGUGUAAAUGUGGUGCGCAUUUGUUAAAACUGUUUUCAAAAGGUGUUUCUAUAUUUCAGGGUAGCGUUGAUGCUCUUAAAAGUGGGGACACAAUAUAUUUACCGUUAAUAAAUUCUGUCCAGGUAGUUCUCGGGUGAUGUCUCUCAAUAUAGUGAGUAGGUAUGCAAAAUUAUUUUUCCCUUUCUGAUUUUGAUGUGUGAUUAAAAAAAAAACAAAAUAGACAGAGAAUAAACAAAUGACACAUGAAUUAUCUUUGAUUCAAGCUACUUGCCAUAAAGACUGCAACAUUAUUAUCAUACUGUAUGCCUUUGGUUUACUCGGACUGGUAUAAACAGCAGAUGGAGCUGUAGUAAGUUGCUGAAUUCAUUUCCUGGAGUAAAUCUGACAGGAGAGUGCUUUCCCUAAAGCUUACUACCUGGUUUUAUGCAUGAAGAUGUGUAAUUAGAAUUGAUUGCUUGAGUCACUGCCCAUUAAAAACUGUGAUGUUCAUGUAAUGUGUCACUAAUUAAUAUGCUGUAUGGUUAAGUCUUGAUGGUCCAUUCAAACAAAAUAAAUGGUUAAGACAUG